GUUACAGCUCCGUGGUAGCUGACAGCAGCUCAGAUUCGACACUAAGCAGCGGCAACCAGUUGUUGCCUAACCAGACAAUGUCACACAACCCACCCAGUGAUUCCACGAAAGAGCCCAGUGCAGCUCCUCAGCUAUCAAGUGUCGGCAACAGCACUGGAUCCA